UCUAGGUAUAGAGGUGUCUCUUCGCGUCUUUCUUCAUUUUUAUCAGUUGAAGAUGGGCGUUCCGCCUUAUGGCAUUUUGUCCCUGAGCGGGAGUAGGGAUGGGGGCUUGUUUACUCCCUACUCCCAAUCGUAUAAAAAUUUCAAGCAGGAGUUUUUCCGGGUCGCCCUUGUGGGUGUUGACCCUUUGGAAGACGAGGUGUUCUACUUCGGCGGUUUGCCGAGGUUUCCAUUCUAUUGGUGUCCCAAGCCGUCCAGGUUUCACGGUUUGGGGGAUCUGAAGGUGACGGCCGCGGAGACGGCCGCCAUCAAGAAUCUUGCCGCGCUCCCUCGUCCGUUGGAUUGCAAGCUCGUCUUGUCGCUUGCGAAUUCGCCUUUCAGGGAGAGGGGCCUAGAGAGCAUUAUGGGCAGAAACUUGUGGCGUCAGCUUAAACACCGCUACAAUGUUUCCGAGCUCGAGGUUCCCGAGCCUCCGGAGGAGGAUGCUGUCUCCCUAAAGACCCACCGGAAGAGGAAGAGGGGGAAGGAGGAGGUCGGGGGGACCUCCGCUUCUCGCGAUGCCGAGGAGGCGACCUCCCGGGUUGUGGACGCUGUGGAUCUCACCGACAGCCCUCCGGCCAAGGAGGCCUCGCCGGUGGCUACGGCGGAGGUGGUGCCAGGUGUCGGGCUUACUGCACCGGACGCCGAGGGCGGGGUUGGCGUUGCUGAGGUGGAGGUCUGCGUUUCCGGGCAGACCGUCCGAGUUGCCAAGGUGGCAGGAAAUGCCUCUGGGCCUGAGCUGCAGGAGGGGAAAGCCGCUGAUCCUGAGGUGCAGGCUUCUGGGCUGGCCGCCCAGGCUGCUGGGGCAGAGUCGGGAGUCCCUAAGGUGGACUCUCUAGGUGCUGAGCAGGGAGGGCCAUCCUCUGCCGCGGGCUCAUCGUAG